AUGUCGACUCUAAGACGAAGACCAGAAGCUUUGCUGCAACAACGUGGUAUCCGCGCAAAACAACGGCCGUGUGCCUCUAUUAUAACAGAGGCACUUGUGCAAAAGGUCCUCUUUAAUGAAACAACAGCUACCGGUGUUAAGGUCAUCACCGGCGGUGGGGCUCACACAACUGAGGCAAAGAAGGAGGUGAUUCUUUCGUGUGGCGCUCUCAAUACCCCUAAGAUCCUCGAACUAUCCGGAAUUGGAAACAAGGAGAUCCUAGAUCGAUACAGAAUCUCUGUUGUUGUUGAUAAUUCAAAUGUUGGAGAAAACCUUCAGGACCAGCUAAUGACCGGUAGCUUCGAGGUAGUUGAUGGGGUUAUUAGGGGAGACGCCCUAAUGCGUCAAGAGACAGAGACAAUGGAGGAAGCUACAAAGCUAUAUUACGAACACAAUGCUAGUCCUCUGACUAUAGGCGGUGUUCAGUCAACUGCCUUUAUGCCCUGCCUGGACGAAAAUGGUGCCAGAUACGAAAAGCAUAUCAAGGACCUUAUGGACCGCUUCCUUUCCGACACUGACGAUCGGGAACCAGCGAUUCGCGGUAUCUUGGAACAGCCUGAUUCUCCCACUUGGGCCCAAUUUAUGUUCAUUUGCCAGGCGAAUCUGCACGAGACCGGUACGAUUUCGUUGGCCAGAAGCUUCUGCUGGGCAAUUUUAUCAGCCUUGGUGUUGUUCAGGCGUCCACAUUUCGUCUGCGAACGUGGAGGACAAGCCGGCUCUGAACGGGCGUUCCUCACCAACCUCGAGUCUGCUAACCAGUACCUACGUGAUACUGCGACGACUACGUACCGUCCCUGCGGCACCGCGGCUAUGCUACCGCGAGAGCAGGGUGGCGUAGUUGAUGAAAAGCUAAGGGUACAUGGAACGACCAAUUUGCGAGUCUGUGAGGCCAGUAUUCUGCCGCUGAUCACCGUGGGCAACAUCAUGAGUACGGUGUAUGCCGUCGCUGAGCGAGCCGCAGAGAUCAUCAAGGCGGAUGCGUAA